CCACGCACAUGUCAAUAAGGGAGGUAACUUCGCGACUUGACAUUGAUAAACAUGGAUUGAACUUGAAAUCGCAGGUGAUGAGUGAAUGAGGUUGUGCAGAACAUGAUGGAGUCCUGCAAGGGUCUUCCUGGAUUUGUCUGGGUAUGUCCACAGCCCAGUGUAGACCGAUGUCACCGUGUGCCGAGACAGUCAGUAUGGCAGACACUGUCCUUCCCAAGAGUGUAUGCAGCAGAGAUGCCAACAGCCACGGACAAAAUAGAACAGGCUGUGUCCACAGACACCAUAAAAACAGUGAACUUUGUUUCUGAAAGGGAAAUACAAGAAUAUAUGAUGAAAGAAACAGGAAAAGACCGUCUUGUGAAGAUGUUUUCAAAAAAUCAUAUAGGUGGGUGGAGCCCGGAGGUGCAGUUUAUAAAGCAGGUGACAACACAAACAGCUUUAAUCACCUUCCUCAUCACGUCCUUCGUUGGCGGCCGACAUGCGAGGGAGGAGUUUGUCAGGAAGCACCAGGCGACCGUCUUUUCUACACGGUUCAGGGCGUUUAGAUCACUUCAAGAUUCUAUUUUCAUGAAGAGUUUGUUGGAUGGAGCAAAGUGGACAGUAAAAGUCUCCCUGUUCACAGUGUCCUUGUUAGGUAUAUCACAGUCCAUUGCUGUAUAUCGCAAUAAGUCAUCUCCAUGGGAAUAUUCAAUAGGCUUAGGAAUAACAGCAGCCUUCUUGAAGUGCAACUUGGGACUUAAGGGAAUGUUUGCUGGAGGUGUGUUUGGAACAGUGAUGGGCCUUGUAGGAGGGACAGCUAUUUGGGGGAUCAUGUAUGCACUGAAUGAGACUCAGGAACAGAGGAACUACUGGAAGGUGCAGAAACACCUGGAGAUGGAGAAAGCAUCAAGAGGUCUUCUUGUAUCACCCGAAACAGGAGAACAACUUCAGCCCCAGCCAAUGUCGUAGUUAUCUCCCUUGAUGGGGUGUCAUCCUUCUGCGUUUAAUUUGUCACUGAACAUUUGUGCAUGAGCUAAUGUGAACGCUUUAUCAAGAUACAGAAGAUGUGACCCAUCUUCCUUCUGAAGUGACAGGGAAGGGUCUUUUUAAAGUGUUUGAAAUCAUCUGGUAGUCCUAAUUAUACCCCCGACCGUCCGUCCGAAAACUUUGUCCGUGCGAUUUCUCUUAAACUAUUCAGUGGAUUUAUCUCAAACUUAGUACAUAUAAUCUGUGUCAUAUG